AGAGAGAGUGGGUCCCCUGCCUUUCCCUCUCAAAAGCCCCGUCACAGCUCCAUGCCUUCACUUGUGCUUGCUCACUCAGUAACCCUUUAACCAUGCAUCGCCGUCUCUUUGGAUUGUGGUUAUUUUGUGGAUGAGAUGGUGCCAAAUGUGAUCAUUUUCCUGUGUUUUCUGGCUCUUUGCUGUGCAGCUGAUCUGUGUAACUGGACUGGAAGCGGUUUUGCAGCUGGCCUGGACUCCAGGAUCGUUCUGCAGGUGCGGCUCCGCUGUACAGAGGGGUCCGUGAGGUGGGUGUACCCGGGCCAGGCCCUCAGGGUGGUCCUGGAGCCCAACCUGUCCUCGUCCAGACGCCGGAGCAUCUGCAUCCAGCCGUUCCCGUCUUCCAGCGGAGCCAGCGUGUUCAUUGAGCGGGCCGGCGCGCUGCAGCCGCUCCUGGGGCCCCCGGGGCCGCCGGGGCCGCUGCAGGGCGCCGGGGGCCCCGAGCGGCAAGUGUUCUGUUUCCGGGCGGAUGGCCCGCACAGGCCCGCUCUCUACCUCCAGGCCAACCCGCAGGCUGAUAAACCUUGGAGCAGGCGCACAAUGGGCUUCAGAUACGAGCUGCUGAUGGGCAACAGGAGUGAUGCGCCCAUGGGCCACCGCGGGCUGCACGCUUCGUGCCGUCCCUGCACUGAUGGAGAGCUGCUCAUGGCCAUGUGCAACAGCGACUAUGUGGUUCGAGCUCAUAUUAAGAAUGUCACCCAUGACUCAAAACGUCACACGUCAUCGGUGGAGGUAUCAGCGACCAGGGUGUACUGGCAGCGCAGCGGUGUGUUUGAGCAACAGGCAGAUCCUUCACUGCCAUCCGUGUCCUGGCACGGACACAUCCGCACGCUCCUGCAGUGCCACGUGAAGCCUGGGGAUGGAGAGUUCCUCUUCACAGGGUCAGAGCACUUUGGAGAAGCAUGGUUAGGCUGUGCUCCGCGGUACAAAGACUUCCUCUCCGUCUACCACAAGGCCCGGACGGAACAUAGGAAUUCCUGCGACUUCCCUCUAGACUGAGGAGGUGCAUUGUUUUAUCAGCUAAAUACUUUAUCCACAGUCAACAGCUCUGUGCUGACACUGUGGGAUCCUUGUACUUGCUGGCAUGUGUCAGCAAGGUGGCUUCCAGUGUCACCAGCAGGGGCAACGCUACUGAAACCGUGGUGGAGACACAUUUGAAGAGGCAGAAUGGGAGCAAACAGCGGGGCCUGCUGCUCUGCCGCUCAGAGAGGAUCGGCCUUUGUCUGUCCCCCAUUGCUGUCCUCAGUCCUGGGAGACCAAGGAGGGGUUGGGUUGCCGCAGUCCUUUUUGUGACUCUCCCCACAUCCACUGUUGUUCACUUUACUAGCUCUGUGUGACAGUUGCCCUGUGAACUGUGGUGGGAGGGAAGUUGGAGGGGCAGUCAUUUAUCAUCGCCAGUUUGUCAUUGUGAGUGGGAUAGUACAAACAUAUGAUUGUAGAACUCUGUUUCUCAGCUAGAAUUUCAAAUCCUCUUGUUUUGUCUCUUCACAUGUGUUGCAAACUAAUCAUUGAAUUAAAUGGUUUUUUUUUGUUUUUUUAACCCAGCAUCAGGGCAAAUAAUUGAAAAUGAUUUAUCUGAAAUACUGACGUGAUCAAAUUCUUUGCAAAUUUAAUGUUUGACAGUUCUCUUCUUCUUUGAUAACAUAAGCACUGACUGAAAAAUGUUCUCU